AUGGUCAAUCAAUCUUCCAAAGACUACCUCUUUUGGUGGUCCCCCUUCUGGCUAAUCCCACUCCUGCUACUAAUUGUGCUGGUACCUCGCCUCACUGUUGCACAGACUUUACAGCAGAAUGUUUUAUCUCAGCCAGUGAACUUAUGGCAGUUGUAUGAACAAGACAUAGCAACGGUUACCGUGGCACCUGAGGAUGCCACUUGUGGGAUGCAGGAAAAGGAAAUGAUCUGCUCUAUGAAUUUCUUUCAGACGGAUCCAGUCAUUUGUGAGUACUGCCUUGCUUCUAAUGAGUCCAUAUCCCAUCCACCUAGCCUCAUCCUAGACCCAAACGACCAAACCUACUGGCAGUCCUCACCGUGGCACUCCUACCCUGCUCCUUACAUCGUCAACAUAACCAUCUCCCUCCGUGACAAGAAGAAGUACAUUUUUACAGGAGAUAUCGUCUUAAGAUUUAAGUCAGUGCCACAAGAGGUUGCAAUGAGGCUGGAAAAAUCCCAAGACGGUGGAAUAACGUGGCAGAUAUACCAAUAUUUCUCGACAAACUGCACUAAAGAUUUCAACAUGAGCGAGACGGAAUCAAACUGGAACAUGAAAAAUGUCUUAGAUGUAACAUGUGCGAAUCCGUCUCUCACUCAACAAACGAGUAAUUUGACAGAAUUUAGAUUUGAUUUGGAGGGGAGGAUUAACGCAAUCGUGGCAAGUGGUGGAGGGUCUUGGGAAUAUUUCUACCAGGAGUUGGAGAAACAGGAGUCUCUGCGGGACUUUCUGAUGGUGACGGACUUGAGGCUUGUGAUGAUGAGAACGCAGAGUGAUGAGAAGGAUGCAGGAACGGGCAGAGAGAGAAUGCAUUAUGCUAUUUAUAGUGUUGAUGCUAAUUUACGUUGUGACUGCAAUGGCCAUGGAACCUACUGUGUUCUAGUCCCCUCUGAAAGACGCGUCCAGUGUAACUGCGUACAUAACACUGAUGGACAAAGCUGUCACCGGUGUAUGGCAGGAUACCAGGCAUCGCCAUGGCAAGCAGGAUCUUAUCUGCCCUUUCCUGGAGGAACAGCCAAUGAGUGUAAAGUAUCUCCAACUCAAGAAACAAACAUCUCUACCCAGCCCCCCAAUGAUGCUGACCCACGAGCCUGCACCCCCAGCCCUUGCCUCAAUGGAAGAUGCAUACCGGAGGAAACAGCCGCUGGUUACAAAUGCAGCUGUGAUAUUGGAUAUGCGGGUUAUUCUUGUGAGAUAAACCUCAACCCAUGUCGGAGCAAUCCAUGUGCUGAGUUAAAUGAGGCAUGCGUGAGUGAGCGGUACAAUCAUUACCAAUGCGUACCGUGGGCUUCAAUAAAUGGCACAGAGCCACCAGUCAUUACAACCCCAGUCCCUUUGAACACUGGUUUGAUUGGCCCUACUAUUGGCAUCAUCAUCGGAGCCCUCCUCGCUGUUUGUCUCUUCUGUUUAUGGAUCGUUUUGAUCGUUUGGUGCACAACAUGGCGUCACCUUCACGGCAGCGACAAGUUUAAUCUGAAGUAUGCUGACGAGGCUGAGAAUAAAUACAGCAAUAAUACAUACAAGAUGGGAGGUGCAAAAUCUUGGUUAGUUCCUGACGGUCGGAGCUCAAUGAGAGCUCACAAAGUUCGAGAUCGAUGGAUCAUCGACGAAACACUGUUGGAUCUGGGCAAACUGAUAUACAGCGGAGAGUUCUCUUACAUCUGCGAGGGAACCUACAAAAAUAAAGAGAAAGACACAUCGAGUAAAGUUGUUGUUAAACUAUUGCGAGAUGAGAAAGACACAGAUUCUUUGAAUGAGUUACAGAAUGAGUUUGAGGUGAUGGCAUGUAUGGGACGUCAUCCUAACAUUGUUUGGCUCCAAGGAACCUGCAGCAGAGUCUUGGAAGAAACAACUCAGACCUGUCUGGUGAAUGAGUUUGUUGCUCGUGGUGACAUGCUUCGUAUCUUAAGACGUGGUCGCUGCAGGCGGAGGGACCAGCCACCGUACUCACCAACACCUGUAGAUGAACUUCUAGGCUUUGCUUGUGACAUUGCACAAGGAAUGAGACAUAUUACACUACUGAAGUAUGUGCACAUGAAUCUAUGUGCCAAGAAUGUCUUUAUAACCUUCAACAACAAAGCCAAGAUUGGAGACUUUGGCAUGGCGAAAGAACUACCGGAAUCGUCGGGCUACGUACGAUACACAGAACAUCGAAAUAAACAUAUAAAGAGAUGGAUGGCUUAUGAAGCAUUGUGUGAAGACAUCUACAGUGUCAAAAGUGAAGUGUGGUCCUUUGGAAUUGUUCUGUGGGAGAUAAUUACGCUGGGUGGAAUGCCAUAUCACAACAUCAAAACAGCUGACUUGGUGAGCGAGCUGCGAGACCACACCCGCAUGGAAUGGCCCCGUCACUGCUCCCCAGAAAUCUUUGAUCUAAUGCUCCGAUGCUGGCAUCGACGGCCGGAGAGCAGGCCCUCGUUUGACAUGUUGUACACAGAAAUAAAGAAGAUGAAGACAAUGGCUAAGAAACAUUUCAACCUGAAGGAUUAUACUUAUCAGAACUACGUUCCUGUGAAGUUGGAAGAGGAUUUAGUCAUGGACAGCGUCCAAGACUCAACGUUUGUCUAAAUCUAUGGAUUUUUUCCCCCUUUGCUAUGGAUCAUCUUCCUAAACGAACCCUUGACAAUAUUUGGUUUCCUUUCUAAUCCGGUCAAUAUACCGAGCCAGUAAUCCAAUCCAAGGGCCUUUCUCAAAGCUGGGCUUAGGCUCUGUCUUCGGCUUAGGAUACACGGCUUAGGCUCUGUCUCUGGCUUAGGAUCCAUGGCUUAGGUUCUGACUUUGGCUUAGGAUCCGCGGCUUAGGCUCUGUCUCUGGCUUAGGAUCCAUGGCUUAGGCUCUAUCUCUGGCUAAGGAUCCAUGGCUUAGGCUCUGUCUCUGGCUUAGGAUCCGCGGCUUAGGUUCUGUCUCUAUGGCUUAGUCUCUGGCUUAGGAUCCGUGCACUGCAUACGCAGUGGAAUCGCAGCUCGGCCAUCAGGCCUAUACAUUUUUAGAGCAGCAUGUAUUUUGCACGCGAUGGUGGUUUGAACAUCAGUGUGUUGGGUGCCUCUAUGGUGGAUCAGUGUUGUCUAUGGAUUGUCUAUGGAUACUGCGUAAAACAUGACAGGAAAUACAAUAAAAGUUACCUCUCGACUCUACAUCCAUCACAUUAGCAGUUUUUCUAAUGGUUGUAAUUUUGUUUUCAAAUACCUGAAACUACCAGAAAGUGUUUCAAGUUGUCAAAGGACAUUCAGGCAUAUACAAUUUGAUGUAACCAACUCCUUUUGAAACCCUUUAUGGUUAUAAUCAGAUACAAUCAUUGAACAAACUGAGUAUAGAUAAGCUGUUCACUUUAUUGUGUUUCCUGUCAAAUAAAAGUGUCAGAGAAACUGGUUUUUGUUUUUCAACUUUACAUUUGCACUUUACUCUUGUACGAACAUUUUACUGUUCAAUAACCUGGAGCCAGGAAACCUGAUGCAAAAUAUUGAUGUCAAAUUUGGGAGUUUGAUGUUUUCAAUCAUGGGUAGUUUGAAAUGUGUUGCCACUUUUUUUAUUAUCAGAAUUUUUUUAACUAAACUUAUCGGCCUGUUUUGAAUUAAUACUGUACAUAGCCUGGUGCAUGGUAUAUCUUAACAACAUAUAAAAUUAUGGUUUUGAGUUUUUGCUGGUUUAAUUAAUACUGUAAUUAAUUAAUUAAUGCAACUGUCAACCUGUUUGAUGAUAUGCUUUUACUGUAUAACAAUUACCCUAUGUAUAGGAGCAAGAAAGAAAUUUAAGGAGUUAAACUGUGUUACUUAAAAAGGUAUCAAAAUUAAUCUAAACACAGAUAUGUUCUUUUUCUAUAUGAGUUCUUCAGCACAAUACCGGAGGAAUGCUGCAAAACUUAUCAGUAAUACUUACUUUUAAUACAGAAUAUUCUGAAGGAAAAAAAUAUCCGAAACAAAAAUUGGGCGUUAAAAAAAGGUUAGUAUCAAUCAAUAAAGCACUAAACGUUAAAAAAAAGAUUAAUAUCAAGUAAUAAACCACUAAACUUUGUUCGACCCAAAAUGAAUGUUUAAAAAUAAAUAAUACUCUGAAGUUAAACAUCUCCAAUUAUUUUCACAACUCUUUCUAUUAACCCUGACAUAGAUCAAUAAUUUGAUUAUCAAAUGUUUUUUUUAUUGGUGAGUCUUCGCAAUGAAAGGGUGUAGUAUAUGUAUGUUUAUUUGUUGGUAUUGAAUAUUUUUAUAAUAAACAUUUCCGAUUGAUUUUUAA